GCACUCGCACAAUUCGGUUCGAAUUGCGGUUUAUGCAGCGUGAAAAUUUAACGCGAAAAUUCACCAAGAAUAUGUAUUUAGAUGGAUACCCACACGGUGUGCACUGAAUGACUGACUGUAGGACUAACUUGCUGGCUAACUGCCGCACUGACAAGAAUUUUUCGGACAAAAAAUGUGUAGUGAUGUGGUAGAAAAUUGUACUACUAUGUGCUUAGAAGUGUGGUGAUGGUAAAGCUGAGAAAAACGCGUAGAAAGAAACAAAUUAUUACUUACACACGUCCAAGAUUGUACGCUGCUGCUUAUGUAUUGAAGGAAAGUUUCUUUGAAAAAUCAAUGCAAAUCAAAUUGCGUUUAUUAAAUUGUGAAUGCGUUAAAGGAAACGGAAAUUUACUUAAGUGAAGUUAAAAAGUGUAGCAAAAUGAAGAAUGCAGAAUAAGAAAGUUGAGAGAAAUACAAUUUGAUACAAAAGUACGCAACUUUGGGAAGAAAAUCGGAUAUAAACAUUUUAAAAGUGGCCAUAAAAAUCAAAAUUAAAAAUGAAUCCACUGCAAUUUACGCGCGUACGCACUUUAGCUACCAGCUGGUUUCAGCCGUGCGCCGUAAAUUGUCGUUGUUGUUAUUGUUGCAAUGCAUCGAUCAUUGAAGCCACACGCACAAGCUAAAAAGGUACCACCACCUGCGCUGCCCGGAGAUCCAGCACCACAACAACAGCAAAUACCAUUGUACCGCUUAGGUGGCAGCAUUUCGAGCGCAGCUGGUAAGCAGCUGGAUGAUGGCAUCAUAAUGAGUAGCAUGGUAUCGUCACCAUCUUUGGAGGAGGGCGGUUUCAAUUUGCCACGUGAGCCAUCGGUAGCAUUGCGCAUGAAAGAUGAAAUAAGCGAAUACGCCACAGCUAUGUCAACGUCAGGCACAUCACAAUCAUCGGCAUCCUCAGCCGGUGCUGCUACAGCUGGCAAACAACAAACGGCUAAUCAAGCAGCCGCAACUGGCGCAACACUUUUAUCCACCGCAACUAAUCCGCUCCUCAGCGGUUGUCCACCCACAAUAGUGCCAUGUCCCCCGCCUGUGUUUUGCGCCACCCUGCGCGAACCGCUCACACACAAAGCGGCCGUCUACUAUCAUCAACAGUUGGCGCUGCAAGAAGAUCAGGGCAUCGAUCUGACACAAUCACCAGGUCGCGAUUCACCCGGUUCGUCAUCGGGUUCAGCUGGUUCUGGUUCGCGACACUCCACCGCUAGCUUGGAUUCGGGUCGUGCCUCAUCGUAUUUGACUGGGGUGUCUGGUGCAUCGAUACGUGGCAGUGCGGGCGGUGCACUCUCAUCGCCACGUUGCAGCUCGGUGAGUUCGUGUUCGAUCGGUAGCGUCGAUCGGCAGCGUAACGAUGAACUUAUUAUCGAUUGGCUGCUGGAGAUGAAGUAUGAGGAGUAUGCACAAUUGUUUAUAGCGGCCGGUUACGAUUUACCGACCAUUGCACGAAUGACCCCCGAAGAUUUGACGGCGAUUGGCAUAAAAAAUCCACAUCAUCGUGAGCGCAUAAAACAGCGUAUCGAUAAGUUGCAAGUAUUGGAUAACUUGCCACACUUUGUGCCGGGCUCUAUCGAAGAAUGGCUACAGCUUUUACGCCUCGAGGAGUACAUUCAACCGCUGCUCGAUCAAAACUAUAAAACUGUACGCGAUGUAACUCAAGUCACUUGGGAAGACUUGGAGGAUAUUGGUAUUGUUAAGUUGGGACAUCAAAAGAAAAUUCUAUUGGCCAUAAAACGUGUGAAGGAUAUCAUAAGCGGAAAGUGGAACCCAGGCGGCAUCAAUGCUUACCAACAGCAGGAUUAUCGCAAUAAGAUUUGGCCCACUGCCGUGCCACUGCCCACCACACCAACAUAUUUGCCAACCACGCGCGUCUCGUGGGACGAUUCCAAGAUUUAUGCUACACCCGGCGUCGAUGCCGUCUACUUUUGCGCCGGCUCGCAUCACGAGUGUUGCAAUGGCAACGAUGUGGUGCCCAUUAAGGUGCGCCAGCCACGCGGCAAAAGCUUAGAAUCACUCGAGGAUAUUCACGACAAUAGCACACGCAGCCAUUUGACCUUUAGCCAUUACACAGCCACUGAUUAUGGCCAUUUUGCGCAUCCAACGCCUGCAAUGCAACAACAACAUCAUCAACAAGCCUUGCAACACCAGCAGCAACAGCAUCAGCAGGCCAUGCAACAUCAUCAGGCUGCCUUGAUGGGCGGUGCCGUUGUGGGCGGGCCAGGUGGUGCUGGCGGCGCACGUUUGCUUAGCAAUUCAGCCGCUAUGUCUUGGCGCCGUUCCUAUGACGAUGGUGACAUCACACCCACCAACGAUGCUACACGCGAACUCAUGUAUGAGGAGGGUGGCGGCACCUUGCCGCGUCAGCAGCGCGGUAUUUUGCAACGUGCCGUGUUGAAUAGUAUGCCGCCGCUGGAACAUCACUAUAUGAAUGCUGCUGCCGCAGCGGAAUAUGUUUGUCAUGCAGCUGGAAUGGGCGUCGGUAGUGGUGUGCCAGGCGCGGCAGCGCAUGUGGGCACGGCUGGCGCCACUGUCGGCGGAUCCGGUUGUGUGCUGGACAGCACCGGUCUGAAUGCAUCCUACUUGUCCGGCAGUCCAAUGAGUAACAAGAAAAUCGCACCCGAACCACCGCGACGCCAUUGCAGUAUACGAAAUUCGCGUACAUUAACCGGGGAUAACGCGCAACAAUUGCAGCAACAGCAGCAGAUUGCCUUGCAUGCCGGUGUAAACGUAACGCCUGGCCUCUACUAUGGCGGUGCCGGGGCUUUACACCACGGUGGCAUGUAUAUGACGCAUGCGCAGCAGCAAGCAGCAGCAGCGGCGGCCGCAGCGGCAGCUAAUCAGCCUAUUUAUGCGAAUUACGCGACCAUACAACAGACCACGGCGGAAAUACACUGCGAGAAGUUCCAUGACAACAAGUCAAACUCCAGCAUCGAUUCCAUCGAUACCAUACCAUUCGCUAACGAAAAUACUGGCACAAUCAAGCAACGCCUGCUCAAUCGCCAAGAUAUCGCUGGACAACAGCAGUCCCUACAAUCGGGCACGAAUUCACAUCUGCACUCCUCCUCGUCGUCGUCUUCUUCGUCGUCGACCAACACCAUCGCCAAUAUAGCGCACUCGUUCCACUCGCUAAAGACAUCUGCCUCGCUGCACGACGCUUCGCUGAUACGUAGCGACAGUAUCGGCAGCACUACCAGCGGUGGCAGCGCCGGUGCCAGUACCGGUGGUGGCGGCAGCGGUUUACUUCUCUUGCGCUCACCCACACUACAGUAUCCACCGACUGAUGCAACGAACGCCGUCAGCGGCAGCGGCGGCUCGUCAACGAUUAUCACCACCACCGUAGAUUUGCAUACGCCUAGUGACGUUGAAAGUAAUGCAGAUGCGGCCGCUGAAGGUGGUGCGCCAGCAGCGGACAGUGAAGGCAAAGAUGCAUCUUCUGGUGUGACAAUGCCGACAUCUGGGCAGAAGGUAUCUGUGAAUGUGCUAAACGACAUUGGCAAUAUGUUGGCCAAUCUCACGGACGAGCUGGAUGCCAUGCUGGAGGAAGAGAAACGAAUUGGACUAAAUAUUGAUAGUGAAUAAACGCUACAAGGGGAAUCAUACUUAGAGGACUACAUACAUAUACACACAUGAGUAAGUUUUUACGUGCGUGCUGUUGGGCAAGAGAUGGGAUUUAAAUGUUAGUAGGUCGGUCGUACGUAAAUUGUUAGUGAUGCAUGUGUGCGCAAUUGAGCUUCAAAUCAAAGCGAAUACUGAACCGGCUUUGGAUAGGCAAUUGAAAUGCAAAGGAGAAUAACAGGCGCGGCAGAUUUCGCACUACGUUUAUGUCCUAAUAUUAAUUUCAUUGCCGAUUGAUUGGCAGUCUUUCGUGUUUGAGAGCAUUCAAGCCUUACUGACAUAUCAGAACGUAUGUAAUUAAUAAAGUCGGAUUUUCUAUUGGGCCACAUUUUCCAAGUUUUGGGAAAUAGAAUUUUAGUUUUGAUUAGCUCGCAAUGGGCUUUCUACCUUUUGAAUUAGAUUUAGUAGCAUCAAGACAUACAAUAAAGGGUCCUUUGCGAUCUUUAUCAUAGUAAUAGUAUUUCUUAUUAAAUUCUUUUGUGGAUCCAUUGAUGAUUUGAUUUGAAAAUUGUUUGGUCAAUUCAUUGAUGGUCUUGGUGGUUUGAUUAAUGGGUACAAUACAUAGACAAUGAUGAUAAUAAAAUUAAAGGCUUUAAUGAAGAAAAAAUAUUCAUUUUUACUUAAGAAAAAAUAUUCAUUUUUAUACCUUUCUUUGGAAAUUGAUAUUGGCCUUUGCUUCUGUCUGUUCCGUUCUAUGAUGGUUCCUCAGCCUCAAUAUCCAUAGCAUAAUUUUCCGGACAACGGUUGUCAAAUCAGUCGCCAUCUUCAAACCAUAAACAAUGAAUGAAACAAAGUAUUUUUUUUUCUAUUAAAUACAUAGUUCGGAAUAACAUCUUCUGGCAGAUAAAUUUCCUUAGGUUAACGUUAGAUAAUACUUAUUUAGCGUUCAGCUGUGGUGUUUCUAAUUUAUUCUUAUUUUCAGCUGAGUUAUGACCAAGCUUUUCAUACUGAAAACGGUCGAGGCUAGAAACAGUUUAAAUUGACAGCUUUUGUCGCAUAAACCUGAGGAUAACAUCGAGAAAAUUUGUUUAGCUAGUUAUACCUUACAAGGAAUAUAUAUAGGUGUAUAUAGGUAUGUCUAAACAUUUUGAGUCAGACUUAUUCAUUCAUUCUACUACACUUACGAAAAUUUGCUUACCGUAUAUAACCUUAAAAAAGAGGCUUAGACACUGAAAGCAGUUACGGAUAACGCCGUUUAAGUAUGGUUUGUUAGUAUUACGAAAUUAAACUUAGAGUAAAAUCUCCAAACUACUAAUUUUCUCCUUCGAUUUGAAGCUCUUGCGGACGCAUGCGUAGUUUAGUUGCGAUUAAAUACUUUAGUGUCUUAGUUGAUAGUUUUCCAAUUGGUGUCAAGCUAAAAUUCAUACAUAUUAUGUACAUAUGUACGUAGGAUUUAUGAUUUCUAUACAAAUUUAUUUGUUUGAUUAAUUCGCCCAAAAGAAGUAUAUGUAUGAAAUGUUGUUUCUAAUGUAUAUCAUUUUUAAAUUGUUUGUGAAAGUAGUUCUAUGUAUACGUCUAAACCAUUUUAAAAUGCCUUUGUGCUGUAGUUAAGAAACAAUUUUUUAAAGCACUAUUUGUUUUUUUUUUUUUUUGUGUGGAAAAGUGUUGUUUCAAUUGUAUUUGCGAGUUUAAAAUUUUCAAGAAAAUUUCUAGAUAUUCCAUUUCCAUAACCCCUAUUUUCUGCUCUAAAAACACCCUGAAAUAGCAGUUAAUAA